AUGGCGGGCUUCCGCAGCUGGACGACGGUCAUUGCUAAUUUGCUGAUACCUGUGGGCAUACUUACCUUCUCCUCAGGGUUCUUCCCUUAUAAACCGUUGCUCCCUGGAUUAGCGUCAUUUGAUGAAACAGGCGAGAAUGACACAGCGCCUGCGCCUGCGGUUUUUGAUAAAGUUAUCUUUAUGGUGCGACUUUGUAUAUUCGAACGACUCGGGUUUCUUGUUUACACAGAGGUGAGUGUCACUUUCGAAAUCAAACAUUUCUAUGUUCGAAAUAACUUGAUUCGGUCCGGUGCCGCAUUGCCAUUCACGGCCUAUGCGAGCUCUCCGACUGUUACAAUGCCUCGGCUAAAAGCCAUCACGACUGGUUCAGUCCCAUCUUUUCUAGAUGUUAUUCUCAACAUUGCCGAAUCAGAUACUUCAUCAACACUUGCAUACCAGGACACCUGGUUGGCGCAAAUAAAGGCCACUGGCGGACGGCUUGUGAUGUAUGGGGACGAUACCUGGCUCAAGCUCUUCCCGGGGAUGUUUGACCGAGCUGAUGGAACUACAAGCUUCUUCGUUUCGGACUUCACCGAAGUAGAUCAUAAUGUGACUCGACACGUUCCCAACGAGCUUGCCCAGGAUGACUGGUCUGCUUUGAUUAUGCAUUACUUGGGUCUGGAUCACAUAGGACAUAAGGCUGGUCCGAAAAGUCCCUUCAUGAUACCAAAACAGCAUGAGAUGGACUCUGUGGUGACUGAAAUCUAUACCGCAAUGCAGCAGCAAGACCAUCUCCAAUCCACACUUUUUGUGCUGUGUGGAGACCAUGGCAUGAAUGAGGCAGGAAACCAUGGCGGGUCCUCUGCUGGUGAAACAUCUCCCGCGCUGCUCUUCAUGUCACCUAAGUUCGAAGCCUUGGGUGGUAAAAGAGAAAGCCCCGUGGAACCGUCAGGCGAUAUGCAGUACUAUCAGACUGUUGAGCAAGCGGAUAUUGCUCCAACAUUGGCGGGGCUUCUUGGUAUCCCAAUUCCUUUAAACAGUCUUGGUGUAUUCAUCCCAGAAUUCUUAGAAAUGUGGGAUCAAGGUAAGCACACUGCCCCUAACCACAGCAAAGCAAAGCAAAAUACACCCGGAACUAACCCGGAAACAGGUUCUGAUAAGCUUCGAAUCUUAUAUCAAAAUGCUGAGCAGCUGCUGAACACAUUGACAACUACAUUCCCUGGGUCUACUUUUGGCCCUGAUAGUAUUACAUCAUGUACUUCGGGAGCCCUAUCUGGUAUUGGAGGAGCUGAAUGUGCUUGGGCUCGAGUCCAGCAACUCCUCUCUGAUAGGGAUGAAGGAGAUAAUUCGUACUCUACAGCUGGUCCCGCUUUGUUGCAAUUCUUAAGAAUUGCACAGGAGGUCAUGAGCCGUACUGCUAGUAACUACGAUGUUUCCAGACUCAUUCUGGGCCUCUUGAUCACGGGGGUUGCAGGCUUGCUUGUACUUCCGGCCACAUACAAGGAAUGCACACGUCACGGAUCUUCCGGGCUGUUUAUGAUGCUCAUGGUCAUCACCUGUGGGAUGAUGAUGUUUGCGAGUAGUUAUGUGGAAGAAGAGCAACAAUUCUGGUAUUGGAUCUGCUCGGGAUGGAUUGUCUAUCUGCAUAUCAAAUCACAAUCAUCUGCAAACGCGGUCUCACGCAAACGCUUUGGAUCAUUGGCAUCUUGGUCUAACAAAUGCAUGAUUCUUGUGCUCGCAAUCACCCAGCGGCUCUUGCGGCGAUGGAACCAAACGGGACAGAAGUUCGCAGCCGAGCCUGAUAUUGCUCGCACCUUCUUUACAAGCCAUCCAGAAAUCUUCUGGUGUCUUUUUAUCCUCACGUAUGUGGAUGCCGGUCGUCAUCUUCUUAAGAGAAUACCAAUCUCUGGGAUGCUUAAGCUCGGUGCCUUGGCCCCUGCCGUUCUAUCAUUGGUUUUACAUGCCAGGCUUGUGUUCUAUGGACUUGCUGUUGUUGUCCUCUUAGCGCUCUUUGUCGGAAAACAAUCAAGAGUUGCUCAAGCACCACAUGAUACAAUCCAUGAGGCUCUGCACAUCUUCUUAAUGACGCAGUCCCGUGCCACUAAUGUCCCCCUAUUCCUGAUUUUCCGAAUCCAGGCCGGCAUUCUCUCUUCCAUGAACCUCACAGGGAUCGAAGUGACAAUCACAACCUUGAUAUUCCAAUAUAUGACGUUCUUCGCGUUUGGCGGCUCCAACGCAAUCUCUUCUGUGGACCUUGCUAGUGGGUACAACGGUAUUGGCAGCUACAGUGUGGUGCUAGUGGGUAUUCUCACCUUCGCGAGCAACUGGGCAGGACCUAUCUGGUGGGCUUCACAGAGCCAUCGUCUUCGACCGAAGAAUCCUGCAGAACAAAACCCCUCGGCACUGUUGACCUUUCAUGUCGCCAUGUCCUUGGUUUCUGUCAUGGCCGCCUGUACAGCACUCCGGACGCAUCUUUUCAUCUGGACCGUUUUCUCCCCCAAAUAUCUUUACAGUAUGGCGUGGGCCACUGCUAAUCAUGUUGCUGUCAAUUUACUGGGCGAGGUUAUUUUCUCUCGAUCUCGAUCUCAUUAUUCAUAA